AUGGCGUCGGCGCCGGCCCUGGGGAGGGAGCUGCUGGAGGAGGCGCGGGCGCCGGGGUUCACGGCGUGGCUGCAUGGUCUACGACGGCAGAUCCACCAGCACCCGGAGCUGGCCUUCCAGGAGCACCGCACCUCGGCGCUCGUGCGUGCCGAGCUGGACGCCCUCGCCAUCCGCUACGUCCGGCCUGUCGCGCGCACCGUUGUCGUCGCUACCAUCGCCGGCGUUGCCGGCCCCGGCCCCGUGUUCGCGCUCCGGGCAGACAUGGACGCGCUGCCCAUCCAGGUCAGCAAUAAUGCAAAAUACAGUAAAUGGUCGACAAGGGUGUAA